ACCGCGCAGCGGCUCUGCGGGCUGAAGAUGGCGGACGAGCAGAGCAGUGGCGGAGCAGCCUUCCCGGGCGCCUCGGAAACGGACGAGCCGGCCUCGAAAAGGACCAAAAUGAGUCCGGUGACUGACUACACGCUUAAACCCGCAGAAGGGGACCGGUUCCCGCGCGUCUGUGCGGGGCCAGAGGGCCCAGUAGCCGGGGUGGAGACGGAGGCAGAGCCGGUGAUGGCGGAGCUGCAGGAGCUGCAGGAGCUGCAGGAUCUGCAGGAUCUGCAGGCCCCGCCGGCCCCGCGGGGCGGAGACAACAAUGGAGCCGAGCUGCUGCAGCCAGACCCGCUCAGAGCCGCCGGGGGCCCGGGGGAGCUGCUGGGAGAGACCGGGGAGUCUGCAGGUUUUCUUGGACAUGACGAUCUCGCCUCCAACGGCCUCCCUGUCACCCCAGAAGACAUCAAUGAGGAAGAUGACAGAUCCUCACGCGCAAGCUCCAGUGACUGGACUCCUCAACCUCAAAUAGGUUCCUACAGUUUCAUCCAGCAUCACAUCAGAGAGACCGACCCGAGGGCCAUUCUGAGGGAUUUGCUUCCUGAGACGAUUCUCCCACCAGAUCUAGACGACAUGACUUUAUGGCAGAUUAUCCUCAACAUCUCAGAACCUCCAAAAAGGAAGAAGCGGAAGGAUAUUAACGCCUUGGAAGAUGUUGUCAGACUACUUCAUGAAAGCAAGAAGAUCAUUGUGCUGACUGGUGCUGGUGUUUCAGUUUCGUGUGGGAUACCAGACUUUCGCUCCAGAGAUGGGAUUUAUGCACGACUUGCUGUAGAUUUUCCUGACCUUCCUGAUCCUCAAUCUAUGUUUGACAUCGAGUACUUUAGACGGGACCCGAGACCCUUUUUCAAGUUUGCUAAGGAGAUCUACCCCGGUCAGUUUCAACCAUCGCCCUGUCACAGAUUUAUAUCCAUGCUGGAUAAGCAAGGGAAGCUGCUACGCAAUUACACACAAAACAUUGACACGCUAGAGCAAGUGGCUGGAGUUCAGCAGAUUAUCCAGUGUCAUGGGUCAUUUGCAACUGCAUCCUGUCUUUUCUGCAAGCACAAGGUGGAUUGUGACGCUAUAAGGGAAGACAUCUUUAACCAGGUUGUACCUCGAUGCCCGCGCUGUCCGGAUAUUCCUCUAGCUAUCAUGAAGCCUGACAUCGUCUUUUUCGGAGAGAAUCUUCCAGAAAUGUUCCACAGGGCCAUGAAGCAGGACAAAGACGAGGUGGACCUCUUGAUUGUCAUUGGCUCCUCUCUCAAAGUGCGACCAGUCGCCCUCAUUCCAAACUCCAUUCCUCAUGAAGUGCCUCAGGUUCUGAUCAACAGGGAACCGCUGCCUCACCUGAACUUUGACGUGGAGUUACUGGGCGACUGUGACGGCAUCAUCAACGAGCUCUGCCAUCGAAUCGGUGGAGAUUUUGAACAGCUCUGCUACAACACGUUAAGACUGAAUGAAAUCACAGAGAAGCCCCCGCGGUUACCGGAACAGCCAGGGAGCGAGGGCUUCUCCGCCUCCAGCGAGGCCAGUCCGGAGGAGCAGAAGCAGCUCAGCACAGACUCUCUCACCGCGCCCUCGGAGGAGCCAGAAUGUCUGACAGUCAAAGACACUACUGAUACAAACGUUACACCUCUAGAGCCUUGUCCAAACGCUCAGUGUCCAAGCGAGGAGACUGAUGAAUGUCCAGAGCUGCCAGCAGAGGACGCACCAAAAGACGAGAGCAGUGAAUUAAAGAGCCAAAGCUCCACCUUUGAAUUUCGUAAACGAUGCUGGAUGAGUCGAAUCAACAGAAGUCCAAUCAGUAAACGCCUUGAGGCAAGCCAGUACCUUUUUCAAGCACCAAAUCGUUACAUCUUCCACGGUGCCGAGGUUUAUUCCGACUCUGAAGUUGAGACGUCGAGCUCCUGCGGGAGCGACAGCGAGGAUACGGAGUGCAGCGCGGAUGGGGUGGAGGACGACAGCGAGCCGGAGGACGCUGGCGCAGACGCGGAGGACGGAGAGACGCGUCUCAAAGAAACAUCACAAGACAGUUUAGCCAAUGAGGAAACGUCGAGUGUGCAGAUGAACAAUUCUUCUGAAAAGACUCAGAGCGCCACACACCUGUAAAAGCACUAAUUGUCUUUUUAUAUACAGUAUAUAUAUAUAUAUGUUUCAUAUAUUUUUGAUUCAUCUUAUUAUUUUUCAUAAAAUUGAAAGGGUGUGACAGAUGUGUGUAUGCAGUAGGUAUUUCCCUUUUUUUUUUUGUCUUUUCUGCACCCAGUUUUGUCACAUGCAUUGUGUCUGAAACUACAUACUGUAUGCUACUUACGAAAUAGAUUUCAGUAGUUUUCUUUUC